UUUCUAUCUUAUUAUGAUUUUUUUUGGUAAAAAUGUCAAGUAUCUUAUUAGGAUUUUAUGAAAGCCUAAUGGGCAUUUCUUCACGGCGGCGCAAAUCCAUGGCUUGUAUUUCUCUUCUCGCCACCGGUCGAUUAACCUGAGGUAACCGCGCCGCGCCUGAGAAUAGUAUAAGCUCCUCUUCUUGUCAUGCUAUAUGAAACAUUCGAUUCUUGAAAAGAUAUUUGCAUUUGAAUGAAAAAGGUUGUCACACACACUUGAAUGGCAAUUGCUUUUGCUCGUACUCUUCAAAGAGCUUCUUCAUCUCUUCUUAGAUCUUCAUAUCCACUUCUCAUUUCCGCCAGGUCUAUUCCUCAGAGCCGAGACCUUGCUUGUUCAACAUCGACAUUCUUUCAACCGACCAUCUCAACGAUAUGCAGAAGAAACUUCAGUCAUGGGACGGUGAACCUAGUGAUAUCAGAAGGGAAACCCAAGUUCGAAACACGGGAGCUUGAUCCUCCCAAGAAAUGGAAGUGGCUGACCAAAAAGAGACUGAAGCUGAAAAGAAAGAAGGAGAGAGAGGAAAGAAACGCAGCCAACAGGAAAGACCCACGAAGACUUACCGUCAAGGGGAAGAAGAAGAGGAAGUUCGCUAAUCCAGAGGAAAGAAUAAAGCAUAAGCUUGAAAGAGCCAAGAUCAAAGAAGCGUCGUUGGUUGAGAAACUGAAACGGUAUGAAGUUGCUAAAGUGCAGGGACCCGAGGUUCGACCCCAUGAGAUUACAGGAGAGGAACGUUUCUACUUGAAGAAAAUGGGUCAGAAAAGAUCUAACUAUGUUCCCAUUGGGAGAAGAGGAGUGUUUGGUGGUGUUAUUCUGAACAUGCAUAUGCAUUGGAAGAAACAUGAAACCGUUAAGGUCAUUUGCAAUAAUAGUAAGCCUGGACAAGUGCAGCAGUACGCGGAGGAGCUUGCUAAGCUGAGUGGUGGUGUGCCUGUUAACAUAAUCGGCGAUGAUACAAUCGUAUUUUAUAGAGGGAAAGGUUAUGUUCAGCCAAAAGUUAUGUCUCCUAUCGAUACAUUGUCCAAGAAAAGGGCUUAUGAGAAAUCAAAGUAUGAGCAGUCCCUUGAGUCUGUGAGACACUUCAUAGCGAUUGCAGAGAAGGAGCUUGAACUAUACUACAGACAUGUUGCUCUUUAUGAUGACCCGAGUAACAGAAAUCCUCUUUCGGUUUUGGAUGAUUCUCCAUUGGAUUCAUGUGAUCACCACCGGAAUAGGCUUUAUAUGAGUUGUUCGGAUACUGAAGCUGACUCUGAAGAUGAAGAGGAAAGUGAUGAAGAAGCUCAGUGAAUUAGAGAAUGAUUCUGCUUCUUCAAAAGAAGAGUUGUCUGAAACUGGUAGGUAAAUUGGACUUCUAGACAUUGGUUUGUAUGUCUAGUCAUAAACAAAAGGCAGAAAUGAAAUUAUUUCUUGUUGAAAAGUUGCUAAAUUAAAGCCGUUCUAUUAAGUUUUUAGCAGUGUAUUAUAGAGAUGCAUUUACACAACCGGAGACCUUUGGCAGCA